CUCCAGGGGACCCGGAGGCGGGCGAGCUGGGGCUGGCGGCCGUGCCCGGGCGGCAGGCAGCCUUCCGGCAGGGCCUGGAGGCGGCCGUGCGCUACGCCAGGGCUGUGGGCUGCCCCAGGAUUCAUGUGAUGGCUGGGCGGGUUCCUGUGGGCACAGACCGGGCUGCAGUGGCAGGUGAGAUGGAAACCAUCUUCAUUGAAAAUCUCAGAUACGCUGCUGACCUCCUGUCCCAGGAAGACAUGAUUGGACUGUUGGAGCCUAUUAACAACCGCAUCACUGACCCUCGCUACUAUCUGAACACCCCACACCAGGCUGCUGCCAUCCUGAAGAAAGUGGGACGGCCCAACCUGAAGCUGCAGCUGGACCUUUUUCACUGCCAGAUCAUGGAUGGCAAUUUGUCACAGAACCUGGAGACCUACUUCCCACUCAUCGGUCAUAUCCAGAUUGCACAGGUACCAGGGCGGCACGAGCCCGAUAGCCCUGGGGAGUUGAACUUCCCCUACAUCUUCGAGCUCCUGGAGUCCCUGGGCUACACUGGCUACGUGGGGUGCGAGUAUGCUCCCAAGGGAGACACUCUGGAAGGUCUAGGCUGGCUGAGAUCCUACUGGGAAAGCCGAGGGCUGCAGCACGGGGGGGCCAGCAAGGCAGCCAAGUAAAACUACAGAACUAUGAGAAUAAAAGACAAAGCAAUGGCUUAACAGAG